AGUGACGGUCGCAGGCAUUCGCUUGUUAUGAUAAGGUACUUAUCAAGGUAGAAGUAGGCUGCAAUUUUUGCAUUAUUGUAAGCACCUUAUAGCAAAGUAAAUGGCAAACAAACUACCUGUAAUGGUGGCGCAUGGCGGGGCUUGGGCAGUGCCAGACGCCACCUCUGAAGAAACAUUGCAAUGUGUAAAGAAUGCGGCCAAGAUCGGCUACAGAAUUCUGUUACAAGGGGGAAGUUGCAUAGAUGCGGUUGUAGCAGUUGUGAGCGCCCUAGAAGAUAAUCCACUUUACGAUGCAGGAAAGGGUUCGCUGUUAACGACUAACAAAGAUAUUGAAAUGCACGCUAUGGUAAUGAAAGGCGACACAAUGAAAUGUGGUGGUGUGCUUGGAGUACAACGCGUGAAAAAUCCGGUACAAGUCGCGAGGCUUGUUAUGGAGAAGACCGAGCACUGUAUGCUAGACGGGGAAAACAGCUUAUUACUGGCAAAAGAACACAAUGUACCAGAAAUGCCUCUAGAAUACUUUGUCACUGAUUCGGCGCAAAAAGAAUUUGACACUUUCAUGAAAUACAGGAAUUGCGUCGAUACUCUCUUCAAUUCAAAAAGGGAUCACGACACCGUUGGAGCAGUGGCCUUGGACUUGGAUGGAAACGUUGCAUGUGCGACAUCUACUGGUGGAAUUACAGGUCAAAUGCCAGGACGAGUUUCAGAUUCUGGUAUUCCCGGUUCCGGUGGAUUCGCAGACAAUAACUCUCUCGCCGUUUCUUCAACCGGUCACGGAGAAUCUAUCAUCAAAGUGUCGUUAGCGCGACUAGCAAGUUUACAUUCGGAACAAGGUUGCAGUCCUCAAGAAAGCGUGAAUAAGGCGUUAAAAUUUAUGAAAGAUCGAACAGAAGGACAUGGAGGAGCCAUUGCAUUGGAUAAAAAGGGACGAGUCGGAAUAGGCUUCACGACUAUUAAAAUGUCAUGGGCUGUAAUUGGGGGGAAAUUAGAGUUAACAGAAAACAAUGGUCAAAACAGAAUUGCUUAUGGAAUACUUCCGAAUGAACUCCGAGUGGAACAAUUUGAAUCAUGAUGAUGAAUUCAUUCCAGCUUUAAUAGUUUUUUAUUACUAGAAUCCUACUCAUGUGUAACCUUAGUUUGGAUGCGAUUGUCGGUAUUUUUUCGUAGCAUAGCCUUUAAUUUAUCAGCAUUGUCAAUCAUUAAACUGCCAGUUCAUCAUUUUGUUGACACACACGAUACUUAUGCAUUAAUAGAACUCGUGAAAGUGUGUAUAAAUUGUGCGCUGGUUAAUUCUUUUUAUAUGUUAUCAUUUUCGAUAAAUAGAAAGAUUAACUAUUGUGCCAUAGUACCUAAAUGAGCGGUACCUGGUUCUUCGUGUUUUAUCGCCAGCGACCAUGUUGAAUAUACUGUA